AUGAUUCUCAUCGCGUUCUCUUCUCUUUACUUCCCAAAAGGAGAAUAUGAAGUCCAACACCGGAGUGUCAACGCAUGUCUCGCUCUCGCAUGCUCCAUCGAGGGCAAGCACGUCAUCACGAUCGAGGGCAUCGGCUCCAGCGCCAACCCGCACCCGACCCAGGAAGCGAUUGCGUACAGCCAUGGAAGUCAAUGUGGAUUCUGUACUCCCGGUAUCGUCAUGUCGCUGUAUACCUUGACGCGCAACAAUGCGAAACCGACGGGUCACGAUGUGGAGGAGGCAUUUGAUGGAAAUCUGUGCCGGUGUACUGGAUACAGGCCCAUCUUGGAGGGCGCGCAGGAGUUUGCCGUGCCCGACGUGAAUGGGUGUGCGAAUGGGAAAAGCAAUGGAUGUGGUGGCCAUGAGGCGAAUGGAUGCGCAAAUGGACACACGCACGCCAACGGGCACAACCAUUCCGGCUCUGACUCGGAAUGCCCCGUAGGGUGCAGCACAGUCGAAUGUACGGCCAAAAAGGCCAACGGAACCUGCAGCGUGCAAAACGGCUCCGUGGACAUUGAAGACCUGCAAAAGGCGAAGCACCGCGUGAUUGACCAAACCAAAGACCUGCCAUUCCCCGAACCGCUCAAACAGCAAACGGAUUCUUUUAUGUUUGCCCAUGAGGACGGCGCGUGGUACCACCCUACUACGCUCGCCGAGCUAAGGCAGAUCAAACAUACCUACCCCAACGCUAAAAUCGUCACGGGCAACACCGAGAUUGGCAUCGAAGUCCGUAUGAAAGGGUUCGAUUUCCCCGUCAUGGUGCACGUCAGCGAUAUCGCCGAAAUGGCGGGAUACGAGGAGGUAAAAGGCGAAGGCGUGUGGAUGGGCGUCGGCACCAGCCUCACGACGUUCCAAGACCGCCUGAAGCACUUCAUUGCAACGUAUGAGCCGCAUCAGACCGAGAAUUUUCAGGCCCUGCUGGACAACUUGAAGUAUUUUGCUGGCCCGCAGAUCAGGAAUGUAGCGAGUAUCGGCGGCAAUAUCGUCACGGCUAGUGCUAUCUCGGACCUGAACCCGGUGUUUGUCGCCAUCGAUGCGCAGUUGCGGGUGUCCAGCCUCAAAGGCGGGGAACGAACCAUCGCUAUGAAGGAUUUCUUCAUUGGGUACAGGCGCACGUUACUGCAACCCGCCGAGAUCGCAGAGUCUAUCUUCCUCCCGUUCACCAAAAAGGGCGAGUACACACUCGCAUUCAAGCAAUCCAAACGCAAGCAUGACGAUAUCGCUAUCGUCAACGCGUGUUUCCGGAUCAUGGUAGACUCUCAGAACGUAGUCACCCAUGCCACGUUGGCGUUUGGUGGCCUCAGCCCUUUCACCCGGAUCGCGCAGGACGCGUCCGCGGCGGUUGUUGGUCGCAAGUGGGGACCCGACGUGCUGGACGGCGUCGGCGAGAAGGUCAUCACGAAAGAUUUCGUCAUGGGCUCAGCAACACCAGGCGGGAUGGUCGCCUACCGCCGGCAGCUCGCCCUCUCCUUCCUCAAGAAAUUCACCCUCUACAUCUCGCACAAACUCGACACAAACAGCAUUCAAUCCACCGAACUCUCUGCCCUCUCCGAAAUCGAGCGCGGUCUCGCCCACGGAUCCCAGACGUACGACCGCGAACCAGAAAAACCCACUACCGGCACCUCGCCCACAGCACUCGAAGGCGCCGUCGGCUCCUCCAUCCCGCACCUCGCCGCCCUCAAACAAGUCACGGGCGAAGCCGCCUACCUGGAUGAUAUCCCCCGCCUCGCCAACGAAUGCUACGCGGGGCUCGUCCUCUCCACCGAAGCCAACGCCGCGAUCGAGAGCGUCGAUACCACCGAAGCGCUCGCGAUGGACGGCGUUUUGGGGUACAUUACCGCGACUGAUAUACCGGGCUACGACCCCGCGGACCCGCACAAUCGGAAUAUCGUCGGACCCAUCCUCCACGACGAAGAACUGUACGCCACAAAACGUGUGCAUUUCCACGGGCAGAUGAUCGGCCUUGUUGUUGCGACCUCGGAGCUUGUGGCAAGAAAGGCGGCGGCGAAGGUGAAGGUUACGUAUACGGACCGCCAGCCGCUUGUGAUUACGAUUGAGGAUGCGAUUGAGAAGGGGACGUUCUUUGAUAUUUCGAGGGAGAUUCGGACGGGGCACUUUGAUGCGAGGAGGAGAGAGGCGGAGGUGCCGUUGGAUGAGGCUGUGCAUCAUGUUGAGGGGGUGGCUAGGAUGUCCGCCCAAGAACACUUCUACCUCGAAACGCACGCUUCCCUCGUCAACCCCAAAAAAGAAGACAACGAAAUCGAGAUCUUCGCCUCAACACAAAACCCCACCGAAACCCAAGUUUACGUCUCCAAAGUCCUCGGCAUCCCCGCCAACCGCAUCAACUGCCGCGUCAAGCGGCUCGGCGGCGGGUUCGGCGGGAAGGAAACCCGUAGCGUCAAUCUCACCUGCGCGUUGGCCGUCGCCGCGCAUAAACUGAAGGUGCCUGUCCGCUGCAUGUACACCCGCGAGGAAGAUAUGGCCAUCUCCGGGCAACGGCAUCCGUUCCGCGGGGACUACAAGGUUGGGUUCACCGCUGAGGGCAAGCUGGUCUCCCUCGAAGUGAUGAUUACAUCCAACGGCGGGUUCUCGGCGGAUCUCUCCUCCUCUGUACUCGAACGCGCCAUGACGCAUGUGGAUAACUGCUACCGCAUCCCGAACGCCAUCAUCCGCGGCCGCAUUGCGAAAACAAACAUUGCGUCGAACACCGCGUUUAGAGGGUUUGGCGGGCCGCAGGGGAUGAUGCUGUGCGAGCAGUUCAUGUGCCAUGUCGCGGAGUACCUGGGCAAACCGGUGGAAGAGAUCCGGCAGAUCAAUCUGUACAAAACGGGCGAAAUCACUCCGUUCAGACAGCCCCUGACGGACGUCUAUAUCGAGCGCGUGUGGGAUGAGUUGCACCAGUCGGCGCAGUUCGAGAAACGGAGACGGGAGGUGGAUGAGUUCAAUAAACUGCACACGCAUCGCAAACGUGGGUUGGCACUCAUGCCUACCAAAUUUGGGCUGGCAUUCACAGCGCGGUUCCUCAACCAAGCCGGCGCCCUCGUGCACAUCUAUACCGACGGGUCGGUGCUCAUCACCCACGGCGGCACGGAGAUGGGGCAGGGGCUGCACACCAAAAUGGUGCAGAUCGCCGCGCACGCCCUCGGCGUCCCCGUGUCCAAGAUCCACUUAUCCGAAACACAGACUUCCACCGUCCCCAACACCUCCGCCACGGCGGCCUCCGUUUCCUCCGAUUUGAACGGCAUGGCCGUGCUUAACGCGUGCAACACCAUCCUCGCGCGUCUCGCCCCUUACCAAUCCCACACGCCACCCCUCACAUGGGAACAAAUGAUCAACAAAGCCUAUUUCGAUCGCGUUUCAUUAUCGGCGACGGGAUUCUAUGCGACGCCGGAUUUGAGCUAUGAUUGGGCGACGAAUGAGGGGCGCAUGUAUAACUAUUUCACGUAUGGCGCCGCGUGUGCGGAGGUCGAGGUCGAUACGCUGACGGGCGAGUGGGGGUGCAGGUGGGCGGAUGUUUGUAUGGAUAUUGGGAAGAGUUUGAAUCCGGCGAUCGAAGGCGCCUUCAUUCAAGGCCUGGGCUGGUGCACCCUCGAAGAACCCCUCCUCAACCCUAACACGGGCAUGCUGCUAACCCGCGGUCCCGGCGCAUACAAAAUCCCCUCCUUCCGCGACAUCCCCGUCUCCCUCAACGUCCGAUUUCUCUCCAACGUCUCCAACAGCCGCGCGGUGCAUUCCUCCAAAGCCGUCGGGGAACCCCCGCUGUUCCUAGGCAGUGUGGUGUUUUUCGCGAUUAGAGAUGCCAUCAAGGCCAAGAGGAGGGAGGUGGGUGAGGAUGACGGGUGGUUUAGGAUGGAUUCGCCGGCUACAGGUGAACGCAUUUUGGCCGCUUGUGGGGGGACGGAUGCGGUACUGGCGAAGGAUGUUAGGGAGGAGGGACGGGCUUGGGGGGUUGCUGCGUAG